CCCGCUGAUCCUGCAGGUGUACUCGUACAGUUAUUCAGCCUAUAGUUUCCGUGUCAUGUUUGAUAUCUCACGUGAAGUUUUCAGCACGUUAAAAGGACAAAUACGCGUGAUACACUGGAGUUUCUAAUGUAACGUUUGUAUCUGCUGCUCUGCCAUCAAACCCCCAGUGAAGAAAAUAUCAUAUCAUAAGUUUUGAAAGGGACCGUGGAAGAAGUCUGCACUGUGAUUUCAGUGAGGAGGAGACACAAACCCAGCUUCUCAGGGUCUUGAGAGUCUGCAGCGAUGGAGCUAAGUGCGGUAAUGCUAGCAGGAGGUGUCCUGGUUGCGCCUGUGCUCGCCUUCGUCACCUCCUUCCUGCUCUGGCCUGGAGUGCUCCUCAAGGCUUACAACUGGUACUGGCGUCGCAGGCUCGGACUGAUGGUCCGCUACUCUCACAGUGGGAGUUACCGCUUCUGUUAUUCUACUCGAGGGACACCAGGAGGGAUCACGCCAUCACUGCUGCUGCUGCAUGGCUUCUCUGCCACCAAGGACAUGUGGCUACCUGUUGUCAAGUACCUCCCUAGAAACCAGCAUGUAGUGUGUGUGGACAUGCCGGGACACGAGGGGACAAGUCGCACUGGUCCAGAGGAUUACAGCAUCCGGGGUCAGGUCGGCCGAAUCCACCAGUUUGUGCAGAGUAUCGGCCUGGAUAAAAGACCCUUCCACCUGGUUGGCACAUCAAUGGGUGGCAACGUUGCAGGUGUCUACGCUGCCACUUACCCCACAUUCCUGUCCAGUGUCACCUUGAUUUGCCCGGCAGGCCUGGUUUACCCCACAGAGUCAGAGUUCAUCAAUCGUCUGAGGGAGCUGGAGAAGGGUGAGAUGGAUGAUUCCAUCCCACUGAUCCCCACCACUCUUCAGGAGCUGAAUGACAUGCUGAGACUCUGUUGUCACACCCCCCCAAACCUCCCCCGACAGGUGCAGCGUGGCCUCCUUGCCAACAGGAUCCCAAACAAUGAUUUCUACAAAGAAGUGUUCAUGGAGAUCGUUGGGGAGAAGUCUCGCCACUCGCUGCAAGAAAACAUGCAUCUGAUCACGACGCCCCUGCAGGUCAUCUGGGGGAAGGAAGACCAGGUGCUGGAUGUUUCGGGCGCCGCUGUGCUGCAGGCGGCGCUGCCUCGCUGCCGGGUGUCAGUGUUGGACAGCUGUGGUCACUCCGUGGCUUUGGAGCGGCCAAGAAAAGCCGCCAAACUCAUCGUGGACUACCUGCAUGAGCAGGCAGUCGGUGAUGAAAACGUAAAGAAAGUUUCCUGAUGAAGUUGGUUUAAUAAGAGAUUUAUACAGCAGCAGUUACGUCUGUAAAAACUGAACAAACGCACAAAAGUUUUUAAGAUGUUUCGGAUGUUUUGCAUCUGUCUGGCUCUCACUCAGCGCCCUGCAGGAGGCUCAUCUCCAAAAUCUGUAGAGUUUAUUGUCAUGAAAUCAUUUCACAUGAGGAUUUUUGACAUUUCUGUAUCAGGAAACUGUAUUUUGGUCUUUUUUUUUUUUUUUUUUAAAGCUGUUUGUAAAUUAAAUAUCCUGCUGUGGAUUAACUGUAUGUUUAACCUCAUAAUAACACCUUCGGACUGAAUUUACACUGAAACGUACUGUUGGUUAAUAAGUUAACAGCUCAAGCUCUUCAGUUUAAUUUAUAAAG